GUCAUAGCUCAGGAAAGCAGCUCUCAGCUCUGCUUGCACCUCGAGCGGACGUCUGGGCACUCCAAGACCUCCAUCCGACAGGACAUGAUGAUGAACUCCUCGUACGCCGCACCACAGAGCCAGAGCCACGGUCUGCCGCGGUCCAAACCGAGCUCCUUCAGUUCGUCGUCUUCCAUCGGCAGCAGCCACUCGUCGCAGAAGCCUCCGCACCCCAUGCGCAAGCCAUCCACCAAGGCUCUGAUCCUGCAGCAGAAGCAGCAGGAGGAUCAGCAGCGAGCGACGCUGGCCAGAGCUGACACAGCGGACGACGCGCUGCUGAGUCGGGCGACGUCAGAGACCGCACCGCAGUUGACAGCGGAAGAGGCAGCAGCGGCGCUUCGAGAUCGCUCCAACUCGCUGGCGGUCAUGGAGUCUAUGCGCUCACAUCUGCCAGGUAAUGGUCAUACUAUGAGCGUGAAGGCUACAACCAAGCUCAAGAAGGAGAUGGCCAAUGCAGCCCAAGUAGUCGAGACGUUCCUGUCCCCGAAGCUGCUAAAGGACCAGUCAAUUCCGCAUGAGUUAUUGGCGGAAGCCUAUGGCCUGGUGUUUGUGACCAUGUACAAGGUGGGUUUCUUGCUCUCAGGCAAGAUUGGAACAGGUUUUGCCAUCUCUCGUACGACCGGAGGAUGGUCAGCGCCCAGCUUCUUAACUUCGGGAGGUUUUGGCUUUGUUGGGGUCUGA